AUGUGGGGAGUUGGUUGUAUAAUGUUUGAAAUGAUAGCCGGACGUGCACUUUUUCCUGGAUCGACAACCGAUGAGCAAUUAGGAUUGAUAUUUAGGACUCUUGGAUCUCCACGAACCGAUCGCCAUGCGACCAUUUGCGCUCGACCUGCGUAUGCUCCUUUCGCUCAGAAAGUCUAUCAUCCAGAACCGUUGUCAAGACAAAUACCCAGGCUAGAUGCAAAUGGCCACGAUCUCCUUUUGAGAUUCUUGCAGUACGAAGGCAGAGACCGGAUAUCAGCACAAGAUGCUAUGUGCCAUAACUUUAUGAGGAGUUUACCACCGAAGGUAAUUGUUCUUUUUUGCUUCUCUUUGAAUUUGGGCGGAUUUCUUUGA